UUAGUAAUGAUGAUAUCUUUGCGCUCAUAUGCUGAAAUUUGCCGGUUGCCGAAAGGGCACUGGAGCUUAAUCGUAGUAUGCAGGAGCUGAAGGGAGACAAUGGGGUCGUGGAUGCCCUAGAUAGGAAUAACACGUUACCUCUACACUCCAAAAUUUCAUCCAGAUGCUUCGUUUUUGGCUACUUCGAUCCCCUUUACGCCUAUGGUUUCUCGAAGGCGGACGGUCACCCCUACGCCUUCUUCACCAUGAACCCAAUUCCAAAACCCUAAUCUCCAUCUCCUCCUCAUCGCCUGAUUCGAACAUCACCGAAUCCUUUCUCAGAACCACUUGUGGCCUGUCCCAUUCGGCAGCCCUCGUCGCCGCUGCAAAGACAAACUUGAAGUCUUCCGCAAACGCUGAAUCCGUUCUCAGCCUCCUCAAAAACUACGGAUUUACAAAAUCCCAGAUCGCUGACAUCGCCACCAAGCAUCCGGCUAUAUUCAACUACAACGCGGAGAAAUGCAUUAAGCCCAAGAUCAAUCUCUUCGCUGCCGCGGGUUUCAACGGAACUGCCCUCACCAACCUCAUCUCCAAGUGCCCCUUUAUCCUGAAGUCUAGCUUGGAGAAGAAGCUCAGCCCUAACCUUCAUCUAUUGAUGAAAAUUCAUAGUGGCGACAGGCAAGCGGCCGCCUCUUCAAUCGCCCGCUCCUCCUGGAUCCUUCUUCUUGAUCCCAAUAGGCGUAUUUUGCCCAAUGUGGAGACGCUUAGAAAGCAUGGCGUCAACGACGCCAACAUAGCCAAACUCUUCAUAUGGUGCCCUAGGCAAUCACGCAGGAAUGGCCGUUGCAGCAGAUCGGCGGCUUUGGUCGAGGAGAUGGGGUUGGAGCCCUCAAAAUGCAUGUUUGUUAUCGCGAUCAAUGUGGUUUCUGGGCUAACCCUAGCGACCUGGGAGAGGAAGAUGAAUAUUUACCGCAGCUUAGGCUGGUCGCAGGAGGAGAUCAUCUCUGCUUUCAAAAGGUCCCCUUUUUGCAUGCUUAUCUCUGAGGAGAAGAUUAGGAAGGUUACCGCCUUCUUCAUGAAGAAUCUUAACUGGGGACCCUAUCGCCUGUCGUCACUGCCCGGUGUCUUAACCCUUAGUUUCAAGAACAGGAUUGUUCCCAGAUUUGCUGUCUUCAAUAUUUUGACCACAAGAGGACUUGCGAAGACAAAAUUAAGCUUCUCAACUAUCUUGUUCAUGGGUGAGAAUAAGUUUCUGAAGAAGUUCGUUUAUAAGUACGGUGAUGAAGUUCCAGAGCUGCUGGAGGCUUACAAGGCUAAGUAAAAGUAAGAUGGAUCUAUGAAUAUGCAUCAGGGAUCCAUUGGCUUUGCAGUUAAGAAAGAAUCAGAGAAAUUUUAUUCAUUCUCAAAGUAUUAUCUCGACCUGCUUCCUGCUCGGUUAUGAAGGUUUAUCAGUUAUCCAUCAAGAUAUCUACAUUAUGAGUUAUCUAGUCCUGAGCAAUUCCAACGUUAGCAGAGGUUGGGUAAACUCGUACUUAAUAAAACUGCUGCGUGGUUACUUUGCUUAAUUUUUGUUAUUGUCUCAAAACCUUUUGACUUCUAGCCAAAGGAAUAGACGAUUAGCAAUUUGCACAGUCUCUUCUUUUUGAUUAUGCUAUUAAUGCUUGAACUAAUUGUCAAAAGGCAACUAUGUUACAAAUAAUGUUAUUUAAGAAUAAA